GUUAGGUAGGUUCAGGCAGUGAGUGUUGUUAUUCUAUAACCUCGUUCUUGCUUCAGUCAGUAUUUUACUUAAUGAAAUUUUAUAUUUGUAUUUACAAUUUUUUUUUAAAUGGGCCAUAUUACUUAUUAUUAAAAAAACAUUAAAUAUUAUAUGAACAAUCAUGGAUGUUACUAGGGAAAAUUUCCGAAAGAUUUUGCCUGAAAUUGAGGAGACAAUAAAUAGAUGCGUUUUUAUGGCCAUUGAUGGAGAAUUUACUGGAUUAUCGUCAGGACUCGAAGAAGCGCUAUCACCUUUUGAUACUCCGGCUGAGUACUAUCAUAAAACAAAGGCAAACUCUAUGGAUUUUCUCUUUAUACAAUUUGGUCUUGUAGCAUUCAUGUACAACAAAGAGGAAAAGAAAUACACAAAUCGAGCGUACAACUUCUACAUGUUCCCCAAACCUAUGAGUAGACAAGCCCCAGACUGUAGGUUUAUGUGUCAGACCUCUAGUUUAGAUUUUCUGGCUUCGCAUGGGUUCGACUUCAACAAACUAUUCCGACAAGGCAUUCCGUAUCUAAACAAGAGGGAUGAAACUGCAAUGAGGACCAAACUGGAAGAAGCGAGGGAAAAGCGGAAGUCUUUUUCAGUAGACAGAAAUAAUUCUUUUGUAGAAUGUCCCCCCGAACAUAGGGAUGAAGUGAAAAAUGCAGUAAACCUCAUAGUGGACUUUCUAUCCACCAAACAAGGGGGGCAAGAGUUGGUUUUGCCGCAGACGACGGCAUUUAUCCGUAAACUGGUCUAUCAAGAGAUCCACAAGCGAUACUCUACUGAUGAGAUGCACGUGGAGACCAAGAACGGAGUUAUGGUGGUGAAACACCCAUUGACAGAGGAACAGAAAGCCGAAGAGGAGAAAAAGAAGAUGGAGGAAGAAGAGGCAAGCAUAGAUGACGCUGUAGGGUUCUCCACUGUCAUCAAACUCAUAUCACAAUCACGCAAGCUGAUAGUGGGCCACAACAUGCUGCUAGACCUCUGCCAUAUGAUCCACAGAUUCUGUGAGCCACUGCCAGACAGCUAUCUGGAAUUUAAGGAGAUUCUCCAUAGUGUCUUCCCAUACAUUCUAGAUACAAAGUUCAUGUGCGCCACUAGACCUCUGUGUGAUAAAGUUCCGUCAAGUGUUCUCUCACAUUUGUUGACCACUGUCAGCGAGCCUCCAUUUACGCUGUUGACUGUUGAACCAGAGGGAGAACACGCAUAUUCACGUCUGGACCAGAAAGAACACGAAGCUGGUUUUGACGCCUACAUCACUGGAACCAUUGCUAUUGCUCUCUCCAACUAUUUAGCGAGACACAAGAAAAACAAGUCUGACAUGAAACUUCCCUCAGCAGACGCUCCUCAUCUCAAGGAUGUUAUCAACAGACUGUUCAUGAUGAAAGUGUCAGAUUGCUUCAUUGACCUGGAACAAGAUGAUCCUGAACCAAAAAGAGACGCAGUAUUCCACGUGACAUUUCCCGAGCAGUGGAAACUCACAGACUUAUCCAACCUGUUCAGCCCUUACGGUGGUGUAUAUGUCUCCUGGAUCAACAGUCGCAGCGCCUACUGCAGUCUCAGUGACAAGUCGCAGGCGUUGAAGGUGCUGAACUCUCUGGCACCUGCUGCUCCUGCAGGCGUCACUGUUCGUAGCUACUACGCUCAUCACAACCUGUUACAAGCGUCCUCACCAGCCACGGGCAGCCGCCGGAAACUGAGCGCAGAACUGACGAUCAAAAGACCAAGCGUCGAUCCCAUACCAGAAGAGGCUGAAGACAAAGGAACGCCUGUAGGAACACACCUUAAAAGAAAAAGAAAGUUAUCAGAAAAUAAAAACGAUACGAAGAACAUUUUUGAAACAGCAGUAGCAAGUGAGAGUAAAAAUACGACUGGUGCACACAAAAAACUUAAAUUGUUUGAAGAAAGUUUAGAUUGGGGGUAGUAACUGUCAUAAAUAAA